GCCAAACUAAAGCUAAGAGACCUAUCCAGCAGGCGAGACCAGAACCUGGACCUGGACCUGAACCUAAACGCAGCUGUGUGUCCAUGAGCAGUGACUGGUCUAUGGAUAAACCACCUGUUCAGUUCAAGGAUGGACACCACUCUGUUGAUAAUGGAGUCCACCAGCAUCACUCAGAGGUUCCCAAUGGUCAGGCUGCCCAGGAGCAUCAAACAGACCUGAUCUCCAUAUUUACGAUGCUUGAGGAGAAUAUUGUCACCUUUGUGAAGAACGAGCUGAAAAAAAUCCAGAGGUCUCUGAGUCCAGAUUAUCCAGAAUGCUUAGAGAGGCAGAGGGAGGAUGAGGAGGUGUUGGAUAGCGAGGAGGAAGAGCAGCGGAGGAGCAGCAGAGAUGCUUUUCUGCAGAUCACACUGCACUUCCUGAGGAGGAUGAAGCGGGAGGACCUGGCUAACCGUCUGCAGAGCAAAACUCUCACAGGGUGCCAACGGGAACUCAAAUCCAAUCUGAAGAAGACGUUUAAGUGUUUGUUUGAGGGUAUUGCUAAAACAGGAAACCCAACACCUCUGAAUCAGAUCUACACAGAACUGUACAUCACAGAGGGAGAGAGUGGAGAGGUCAAUCACGAACAUGAGGUCAGACAGAUUGAAAAAGCAUCCAGGAAACCAGCCAGACCAGAAACACCAAUCAGAUGUGAGGACAUCUUUAAACCCUUACCUGGAAGAGAUCAGCCAAUCAGAACAGUGAUGACAAAAGGUGUGGCUGGCAUCGGGAAAACAGUCUUAACACAGAAGUUCACUCUGGACUGGGCUGAAGACAAAGCCAACCAGCAUGUGCACUUCACAUUUCCAUUCACUUUCAGAGAGCUGAAUCUGCUCAAAGGGAGAAAGUUUAGCUUGGUGGAACUUCUUCAUCACUUCUUCACUGAGACCAAAGAAGCAGAAAUCAGCAGGUUUGAGCAGUUCCAGGUUGUGUUGAUCUUUGAUGGUCUGGAUGAGUGUCGACUUCCUCUGGACUUCAAGAACAACCAGAUCCUGACUGAUGUUACAGAGUCCACGUCAGUGGACGUUCUGCUGACAAACCUCAUCAAAGGGAAACUGCUUCCCUCUGCUCGCCUCUGGAUAACCACACGACCCGCAGCAGCCAAUCAGAUCCCCUCUCAGUGUGUUGGCAUGGUGACAGAGGUGAGAGGCUUCACUGACACACAUAAAGCACAAUACUUCAGGAAGAGGUUCAGAAAUAAGGAGCAGGCCAGCAAAAUCAUCUCCCACAUCAAGACAUCACGAAGCCUUCAUAUCAUGUGCCACAUCCCAGUCUUCUGCUGGAUCACUGCUACAGUUCUGGAGGACGUGUUGAAAACCAGUGAGGGAGGAGAUCUGCCCAAGACCCUGACCGACAUGUAUAUCCACUUCCUGCUGGUUGAGGCCAAAGUGCAGAAUGUCAAGUAUCAUGGCAGGGCUGAGACAGAUCCACACUGGACUCCAGAGACCAGGGAGAUGAUCCUGUCUCUUGGAAAACUGGCUUUUGAGGAGCUGGAGAAAGGCAACCUGAUUUUCUAUGAAGCAGACCUGACAGAGUGUGGCAUUGAUAUCACAGCAGCCUCAGUGUACUCAGGAGUGUUCACACAGAUCUUUAAAGUGGAGCGUCAACUGCACCAGGACAAAGUUUUCUGCUUUGUCCAUCUGAGCAUUCAGGAGUUUCUGGCUGCUAUUUAUGUCUUUCUGACAUUCAUCAACUCUGGAGUCAAUCUGCUGUCAGAGGAACAAUCAAACUCCCAUCUAAAACACCUUUAUCACAGUGCUGUGGACAAGGCCUUACAGAGUCCAAAUGGACACCUGGACUUGUUCCUUCGUUUCCUCCUGGGUCUUUCCCUGCAGAGCAAUCAGAGUCUCCUACGAGACCUGCUGACAAAGACAAGGAGUCAUUCACAGACCAAUCAGGAAACAGUCCAGUUCAUUAAGGAGAAGAUCAGGGAGAAUCCCUCUCCAGAGAGAAGCAUCAACCUGUUCCACUGUCUGAAUGAGCUGAAUGACCAUUCUCUAGUGGAGGAGAUCCAACACUACCUGAGUUCAGGAUGUCUCUCCACAGUCAAACUCUCCCCUGCUCAGUGGUCAGCUCUGGUCUUCAUCUUAUUGUCAUCAGAGGAAAAUCUGGAUGUGUUUGACUUGAAGAAAUACUCUGCUUCAGAGGAGGCUCUAAUGGGACUGCUGCCACUGGUCAAAGCCUCCAAUAAAUCUGUGCUCAGUGUGUGUAAGCUGUCAGAGAGAAGUUGUGCAGCCCUGGCCUCAGUUCUCAGCUCCCAGUCCUCUAGUCUGAGAGAGCUGGACCUGAGUAACAACGAGCUGCAGGAUUCAGGAGUUAAGCUGCUCUCUGCUGGACUGGAAAGUCCACACUGUAAACUGGAGACUCUCAGGCUGUCAGGCUGUCGGCUGACGGAGGAAGCCUGUGCUUCUCUGGCCUCAGCUCUGAGCUCCAAUCCCUCCCAUCUGACAGAGCUGGACCUGAGUUACAAUCAUCCAGGAGCCUCAGGAGUGAAGCUGCUCUCUGCUGGACUGGAGGAUCCAACCUGGGGACUGGAAACUCUCAGGGCGGACCAUGGUGGCAAGCAGUGGUUGAAACCAGGUCUGAGGAAGUAUGCCUGUGAAGUCAAACUGGACACAAACACAGGACACAGAGACCUGGUCCUGUCUGAGGACAACAGGACGGUGACAAUGAAAGAGGAGCAGCCAUGUCCUGAUCACCCCGAGAGGUUCGACGUCUGCAAACAGAUCCUGUGUAGAGACGGCCUGACCGGUCGCUGCUACUGGGAGGUCGAGUGGACAGGAAAGGUGUCUGUAGCAGUGACCUACAGAGGGAUCAGGAGGAGAGGCAACAGUGCUGACUGUGAGCUUGGAUGUAAUGACAUGUCCUGGAUUCUGGAGUGCUAUGAUGGUGGUUUCGCCGCCUGGCACAAUAAGAAAGGAGCAGACAUCCCCGUCCCGGCCUCCUCUAACAGAGUGGCGGUGUAUCUGGACUGGGCUGCUGGCUCUCUGUCCUUCUACAGCGUCUCCUCUGACACACUGAUCCACCUCCACACCUUCAACAACAAAUUCACUGAACCUCUGUACCCGGGCUUUGGCUUUGGCUUUGGCUUUGAGGCAUCUUACUCCUCAGUGUCUCUGUGUCAGAUUUGAGGAGCGAGAGUCGCCUACUGGGUGGGUUACGCACACACCAAGUAAAACAGAAUAAACUCAAAGUAAAUAAUAAAUGAAUCCAUAGACCUCCACAUUAAAGAGGAUUUUUUUUCAGCUGAUGGAUGGAUUCUUAUUAUAAAAAUAUAGAACUUUUUCAUAGGAGGAAAAAAUCUCAGCGACAGUCUGAUUCAUGCUAACUUUGAGAAAAUACCAAGUCCUUUCUAGUCUCUGCUUGGUCCAAUACCAAAUGGCAACGUUCACUACAUGAACUUAAUGCUGAAUUAGGUCACCAUGUGAGGCGAAGGUUUUCUGCUGUCAUGGCUUUGUGUUUGAUAUCUGCCCCUAUGGCUCUUAAUGUUUGUAUUCAUAUUUCUAGGACCUUUUCAUAGAGACCUAGCCUGCUCUCCGAAAUGCAGUGACUUGUUAAAUAUAUUUUUCCCAUUUCCAACCUUUGAUAUUUUAUUUUAGACAUAUAAUAUUCUUUUAUAAUAGGUCAGUGUUUCUAAUAGCCGAGUCGAAAUCCUGCUGAAUCUUGUAAAAAAUCAGUUUAAAGCUGAGUCAGUCACGGGCUGUUUGACACCAGGACAGCGGUGCUCCUACAUUACCAGUAUGUUAUUUAUUAAAAUAUGGAUAGGAGGCAUUCAGAGAAGAUACUUUAUUCUCGCCAAAUACUGCACCCGUUAGCAUAACUUGCAGUUCCAAGGCAAAUGUAUUUACUUUCUUGCUUCCUUUCAUUUGGCUAUUACUGAUGAGACAGUAAUGAUGUGCAGGCAGUGCUCAUGGGAGUAGUAGUAUCAUGAACUAUCAUACUGGAAUGUGAUACUACCCGUUGAAAUAAGUUCAGGUUCUGUUAAUUAGAAUGAUUUUUUUUAAAGGAAAAUGCCACACAGCAAAGGCUGGCAUGUAAUUCUACCCACAUUUGGCGGGUGGGUGGGGAUUAAUGUCAAGCUCUGAUUGUGAUGAUGAGACAAGUGUGUUAUCGCUCUUGUUCCUUCUUUACACAGUCAAACUAGCUUAAGUGACUUUGCUCGGCUUUGUGAAGCCCACACACGGCUUGGCAGAAUUCACCAACUGUCCAAUGAGCAUCAAAGCUCAAUAUGCUCUCAUGCGGCUUGGAGCGCUCAUUACCACUUGUGGCUAUAUUUACUCUUACUAUAGGAUGAUAAGUUACGUUAUCCUCUAUCCAGAUUUCCACAGGGAAAUUUGAUCUCUGCAUGUGACCUGUCCUCCUUAUUAGGAGCAGUGGGCAGCAACUGUGUAGCACCUGGAGACCAAAUUCAGUUCAAUCCCCGUGUCUUGGUCAAGGAUACUAAGAGGAAAAUUAACCUAACAUACAUGUUUUUGAUGAUGGAGGACACUGGAGCACCCACAAAACCCACGCAUACAUGGAGAGAACAUGCAGAGUCCACGCACUGUGCCACUUUCAUAAGUUUGUUUUCAGAAGGUAUUUAUUUUUGUCAUUAGUUAGUUGAACUACAGUUAUAUAACUCUUAAUUCCCAUACUGCACUCGCAUAAAACUCUAUCAACUCUAUAAAGUCUGUAUGGUCAUUAAAUGCAUAAUGUUUGUUUUUUAAACAUAUGAUAAUAGGAACCUGUUUUUCUGCAAAUUUUUGGUGAAAACUAGUUUGUAAACUACUAGCUAGCUAAAGUCCACUAACUAACAUAAAUGGUCCAUGUAUUUUAAAAUGCAAAGCGAGA